GUCAUGUUGAAUUGAACAAAGUAGUGAUCAGAGACAUGUAAAGGAGUAUCAAGAAUAUUUGAGUUGGUACAGUUACAUGUAAAAAUGAGGUCCAGCUGGUUUGCCCGAUCUGUGAGUUGCUGUAGUGCUUAGUCUUUCCAAGUCAAAUGAGGCCAGAAGAGCAUGAAGUUCAGUGGACUGGUGCUUGUCUUGGUGUAUGUUGAAAUCUCCAAGAACCACAAGUUGCCUACCAUCUUCCGGGAAGGAGGACAUCAGGACGUCCAACUCCUCAAGAUAGUUUGCCAGCUGGCCUGGAGGGUGAUAGAUGACAACAACAUGGAUUUUUUACCAUUUAAGAAAACUUGAAGGUCGGCGUCUAGAUUUUGACUACAAGAAGAUGCGUAAAGGCAAGAUUGUGGACUCUGAUAUAAAGAAGGCUUUCGAAAAGUUUGAAGAAUCCAAAGAUAUUGGAUUCAGCAGUUUGCAGACCAGUGAUGCCUCAAUCCAGGAGGUGGAGGACAAAUCUCAGUUGCCACCACGUCUGAGACUGUCAAUACACACAUCUUAUGACGUAGCUUGUUGAGCGCAUUACCACGAAGACGUAGCGCGUGUGGAGGCUUCACGCACAACCACAUAUUAUAGUGAUCAUGAGGAGGUUACCCCAUGUGACUCUACCCUCCCUAGCAACUCAGCCAAUUUGGUUGCUUAGGAGAACUGGCUGGAGUCACUCAGCAUUCCCUGGAUUCGAACUCACGACUCCAGGGGUGGUUGUCAGAGUCAAUACACACUGAGCUACCCAGGCCCUAGAACACAACAUAAGGAUUAAAAG